GCGGGCAGAGGAAACGACUGUGGCGCCGCCAUCUUGAAACGUUAGCGCGGAACGAUCUACGUCACGGCAGCGGGAUGUGAAAAGAACAGGCAGGCUCUUGCCUAUGUACGGGAUUAUGAUCAGGUUUUAGCAAUGCAAGAGAUGAUCGAGGGUGGGCCAGAAAGCACAGCGGCAAUUCGAAACGUGUGACGGCUGAAAGAAGAUACAAAGACCAUAAUCUGUUUGCUUAACUUUUUGCUUAAAUCGUCGUGUACACUGUGCCGUGCGCCCCAGCUCAAUGCUCUUAACAGCCAGCGUUCACUGGGACAGGGUCCUACCAAACGUGCACAUGGUUUUAGGCGUGGGGGGGGGGGGUGCGUUCUGGCUAUGCUUAGAAGCACUGUCACGAUUUUGCAAAACAAAAAGCGGCACAGUUCCUACUUCCAAUUUCAGCUGAUGUAGAACCAAGAGCGCCUAAACUCACGAUGGGUCCUAAGUGCGGCUAAUUCCAAACGGGUCUACGUGAGUUAAAAAAAGCCCAGGGCAGCUUCUUUGCCAAGGACCCACCUCCCUCAUUCGGAUGCUUUUCCGUCAUGCCAUCCUCUUCCUUUCGUAGCAGGCGAGGGUUGGACAUGUUGAAGGCACAAGCGCAAACUGGGCUUGAGUGGUCCAUUUAAACCUCAGCCAAGCUUUAUCAAAGCAGUGUGUGCAAACUCACGGGAAGCGCUGCGGCACCACAUGGUUCGCCAGGUCUUCCCAAAACGAGCUCUCAUGUGCAAUUCGCCCCCCAAAUUCACGGUGCGACAGUACAGGUUUACGGACGAGCAAGAAGAGCACGAAAGACAACACUCGAAAUCAGAGCUGGUGGUCCUCAUCCCUGAGGUUCUUGAUCCUCAGUAUGGAAUGUAUGUUUGGCCUUGUGCAGUGGUUUUGGCCCAGUAUGUAUGGUUUCAUAGAAGAUUAGUCCGCGAUAAGAGAAUUUUGGAGCUUGGAGCGGGCGUGAGUCUUCCUGGAAUACUGGCAGCAAAAUGUGGAGCUGAAGUUACGCUGUCAGAUAACGCAGCACUUCCUCAGUGUCUGGCCAACUGUCGUCGGAGCUGUGAGAUGAAUAAUCUCUCUGGGGUAUUUGUAACAGGAAUCACCUGGGGUCAGAUAUCACCUGCCCUGUUGGCCUUGCCUCCAGUAGACAUCAUUUUGGCAUCAGACGUGUUUUUUGAACCAGAAGACUUUGAAGACGUGAUAAGUACCGUACACUACCUAAUGGAGAAGAAUACACACACACAGUUUUGGACUACUUAUCAAGUUAGAAGUGCUGAUUGGUCCAUCCAAGGAUUACUCCUCAAAUGGGAAAUGGAAAGCAUAUAUGUGCCCCUACAGUCUUUUGAAGCCAACAAGGAACAACUUGCACACUCUCAUCUUCCAGGAAGACACACAAUUGAAAUGAUGGUUAUCACUAAAGUAACUAUGCCUCACACUGUAACACCUUGAAAAAUAAAAUGUCAUUUAUUUCUUGGGAAAA